UAUUUCAAUAUAUUUUAAAAUAAAAAACAAAAAAAAUCCCUAAAUAACAAAAACACUUUAAAUUACAUUAUUUUAAAAAACAAUCUCUGCCUAAAUCACAAGCACUGUCAGAAACUAGCAGCGGGUAGUGUUAUGACCUGUGGCAGUGCUUGGAAAGGACUGAAUGCCUCGCGCCCAUCACCGUAUAAGGAGUAAGAACCCCGAACAGCUACGAUUCCUCCACUUCUUGUCAGCGUUUUAUAUAUGAACAAAAGCUAAACCUUGGAAAAGGGAUAAUAAUGGACAGCUACAUACAGGAAAAGAUCCAUAAAUUUGAGGAAUUUGUCGAUGGCCAUUUGAAACCACAGCUUGUUCGCGCUAUUGCUGAACGGGACAAGGUUUUUGAGCAACAAAAGAUUUUCUCAGAUUUGCGAAGGAGUAUAGAGAACUUAGAGAAGAACAGUGUAACUAAUCUCAGAACAAUGGUCAACCUUGGCUCUGAAGUGUACAUGCAAGCUGAUGUGCCAGAUACACAACGCAUAUUUGUGGAUGUUGGACUUGGAUUCCACGUGGAGUUUACCUGGACUGAAGCUUUGAAUUUCAUAGCGCUAAGGGAGGAAAAAAUAGCAAGGUCUGUGAGGGGAUUCGAGAGUUGCUCCAACUGCCGGCAGAGAAAUCUUUACCACAGCGUGUUUUUUAAUAUUUACGAGUUAAAAGUGUACUGCAACCACUUACCCUCCUUCAUAAUUUGCACCUGGGAAAGUGAUGGCCAAGAGAGUGAAAAAAAGAUUCUUGCUCUGUGAUGUAGAGGAUAAUAGUUUGGCGUUGAUGCUUUUCUGUUACUUCACUUCUGUAAGUUGUCCCUUUUGCAGUGUUGCUGAAUUUACCUUAAACUGCUAAAACAUAAAGUAGAAGUAGAUAUAGUUUGGUACUUUUA